AAACCAUCCCUCGUCUAAUUACUUGACUUUGUCUUAGCAGGCUGUCAACAGGUUUGUCAGGCUGAUUCAUUGCAUUAUCUGCUGCUCUCCAUGGAUCCCGCGGAGCCGGAAUUCAUCAGUCUCACCGACACCGGACGCGCCCCAAUCCCACCGGUGGAAGAACCCACCAUAGUUGAUGCUACCCCAGGAGGAAAAUCCCUUCACCUCAAGCUCAUCGCAUCCGGAUUCUCCUUCUUUGUCGCAGGUGUCAACGAUGGUAGUCUCGGUUCGUUGCUCCCAUACGUGCUACAGUCUUAUCACGUUAGCACAGGACUUGUCAUCGUCGUAUACGUGUCUACUCUCAUAGGCUGGCUUGUCGCUGCCCUUACCAACAGCUCCAUCUGCCAAUACUUGGGUUUAGGGGCCAUACUCGCCCUGGGAGCUUCAUUCCAGGUGCUCGCCCAUGUAUUGCGGGCCUGGCUUCCCUCAUUCCCACUGUAUGCCAUCACUUUCUUCCUGGCUAGUCUUGGGCAGGCCUUUAACGACACCCACGCGAAUACCUACGUGUCUUCGGUGAAAGCUGCCCAUCGAUGGCUCGGAUUCAUCCAUGCCAUGUACAUGGCUGGAUGCCUAGUUGGCCCAUUGGUUGCAACUGCCGUGGCGGCAGCAAAUCGGCAAUCACAUUGGAAUUUGUUCUACGUCUUUCCGCUGGGGUUGGGCGUAAUUAAUCUGAUACUGGUCCUCAUAGCAUUCCGCGACCGAAUGUCCAUCGAGGCACCAGUCCCAGCCACUCAAUUGAACGACAGUGCGGACUCCAAACGCCGCCGUGCUGUCAGAGAAAUCAAGGAUACCCUCAGAGUGCCGGCCGUGUGGUUGACAAGCUUGUAUUUCUUUUUCUUUCUCGGAGCGGCCAUCACGGCUGGCGGAUGGAUUGUCGAGUACCUCGUUCACGUCCGACAUGGCGACGUGCAACAGAUGGGCUAUAUACCGACAGGCUUCUACGGCGGCGGCUUUCUCGGUCGCUUGAUCCUAGCGGAACCUACAUAUCGAUUGGGAGAGCGUCGCAUGGUGUUUAUCUACGCAGCUCUGUGUGUGGGUCUGGAGUUGACCUUCUGGCUGGUCCCCAACAUCGCCGUGGAGGCUGUGGCUAUCUCCCUGCUGGGCUUUUUCUCAGGGCCAUUUUUCGCGACCGGCAUCUCAGUCGCAUCCAAGAUAUUUCCAGCCAAUAUACGCUCCUCGGGAAUCGCGUUCGUCUUCGUCCUUGGUCAGGUCGGUGGAUCACUCUUCCCGGUGCUGACGGGGAUCAUCUCCUCUCAUACUGGCGUCAAGGCACUGCAGCCCAUGUUGCUGGCCUUGCUUGCUGCCACUGGGAUCAGUUGGCUGCUGGUGCCCAAGGCUCCCCGCAUGCGAGCAGACUGAGGCAUCACUAGCUAGAGAAACCAUUCAGUCAAAGGACACCCCUGCUAGAUCACAGAAUUCAGAACCUGCUGCGCUACCGCCCAUCCGUGGCUUUCGCAUUCGAUGUCGAUAUAGUGUUUACAUAAUUACCAGGCAAAUCCAAUAUACACGAUGGAUCAAACUGAGUUGUGGAGCUUUGAGUGGUGAAGUUGAUAAG